UGUGAUAAAAAAGUUUUAACUUUAUACAAAUAUUUUCAAAAAAAAUGUCAAUCAGCUACUUCUCAGCAACAGAUUUCCUGCACUGCAUUAACUGUUCGAAUUAUUAUAAUUUUUUUUUGCUCAUAUAUUAAUUUUCAAUGUUGUCAAUACAAUUGGAAAACGUUGUACGCAGGAAUGCUGAGAACACAGAACGUAUCAUGAGGAACGCGAUUGGCUAUGUGGUGUCGAAUAAUGCCUUAGGAACUGUGGUACAAUCCACAUUCGACAACAGCACUUCUGGUGGCAUAACUAAAUUGAUUAGCGGAGUCUUGGUGCCAACAGCACGCAGCGCAGUACGUGACUUAGAUGCCACCAAUGAUUUGGCUUUCCUACGCAUUGCAACACGAAAAUUUGAAUAUUUAGUCGCACCGGAAAAGGAAUUCACAAUUGUUGUGAUGCAAUAAAACUAUAUCAUUAUUUUACUAUGAAUAUAUAAUUUUGUGUAUUAUGGCUUUGUAAAAUCUUAAAUUCGGAAUUACAAUUCAUAACUGAA